AUGGCGGCAGCCGGAAAGACCAGAACUAUGUUUGAAGGUCUGGUAAAAGAUGGAUCACUUAAAUGGUUGCUUGGUAAGAAGAGUUCUUUCGAUGACGAAUUUGAGGAGAUGGAAACUUCACCUUCUGCUGGGAAGAAUUUUAUACGCGAGCUUUCUCCAGUUGCAAACCUAGUCGUGCGCAGAUGUUCAAAGAUCCUUAAGACCCCUUCGAGUGAUCUUCAGGAGAGCUUCAAUCAAGAGGCAUCUGAUUCCAUAAAGAUUCCAUCACGAUAUGCGAGGAACUUAUUGGAGUAUUGUUGUUUCAAAGCACUUUCAUUGAGAGCACAAAUGUCUGGGCAUCUACUUGAUAAAACAUUCCGGCGCUUGACGUACGACAUGAUGCUAGCUUGGGAGGUCCCGGCUGCCACUAGCCAACCUUUGAUUAAUAAGGUUGAUGAAGAUGUGUCUGUUGGAUUAGAAGCUUUUUGUCGAAUUGCUCCUGCAGUUCCCAUCAUUGCCAAUGUCAUUAUUUGCGAAAAUCUUUUUGAGGUGCUGAGUUUGUCAACUGGUGGUCGCCUUUUGUUCUCCGUCUAUGAUAAGUACCUCAGCGGGAUAGAGAAAGCAAUAAAAAAAAUGAAGAGCAAUUCAGAGUCGUCUCUCCUUUUUGCUAUAAGACUGAAUAGGCAUGAGAAGAUUCUCGAGGUUGAUGGAACAGUCACCACACAGCCAGUUCUUGAGCAUGUAGGGAUUUCCACUUGGCCUGGAAGGUUAAUCUUGACAGAUCAUGCACUUUAUUUUGAAGAACUUCGCGUUGUAUCGUAUGACAAACCCAAAAGAUAUGAUUUAUCAGAUGAUCUAGACCAAGUUGUUAAACCCGAGUUAACUGGACCAUGGGGUACUCGACUUUUCGACAAAGCAGUAUUCUAUAGUUCAGCAACCUUAUCAGAACCAGCUGUACUAGAAUUUCCAGAGCUUAAAGGUCACGCUCGUCGUGAUUAUUGGCUAGCUAUCAUCAGAGAGAUUCUAUGUGUUCACCAAGUCAUACGCAAGAGGAGACUUGAUAUUAGAAACCCUUGUAAAUAUGUGGAACUCAAGGGAGUCGGAUCACGUGAAUGA